AGGCAUUCAUCAUGGAAGGGGGAGUAUGCUCCAAGUAUCAUCUUCCUCCUUGGUUCCUACAAAAACCAAACAUAAAUAUGAACUUCAUCUCCAGAAGAGUAUCAUGCUUCAGUUAUCAACAUCAUCCUCUGUUAAUACUAAACCUUGUCAGACACUUUAAUGGAAGAAGAAGAAGAGCAACCCCUCCAUUUGAGCGUUUCAUAAGGGAUCAAUGCAAGUCAGGGGAGAUUAAAAAUCUUGACAUUGCAAAGUGUUAUUUUGAUCAAAUGGUUUCAGUGAAGCCUUUGCCAUCCAUUUAUACAUUCAAUCAUUUACUAACUUCUGUUUCAAAGAACAGAAGUUAUUCAGCUGUUAUUCUGAUGUGCAAAAUGAUGAACAUCGUCGGAAUUCAGCCGGAUUUGUUUACAUUGAGCAUUCUGAUUAACUGUUAUUGUAAAUUAGGUGAUACUGAUUCUGGGUUCUGUGUGUUUGGUGAAAUGAUUAAGAGAGGGUAUGAGCCUGAUACUGUAGUUUAUACCACUCUGAUUAAGGGAUUGUGUAUGCAGGGACUGCUAAUGAAUGCGGUUGAGGUGUUUGAGAAAAUGACUGAGAGGGAUGUUCGGCCGAAUGCUGUUACUUGUGGGACUCUUAUAUGUGGGCUUUGUAAAAUUGGGGAAGUUGCUCUUGCUCUAGAGUUGCACAGGAAUAUGGUGAAAUGGAAAUGCAGUCCUAAUCUGAUCACUUAUAAUUCAUUGAUUCAUGGGUUUUGUAAUGUUGGCCGGGUAAGUGAAGCAAUGACACUCUUUAAUGAGAUGUUGAGUCGAGGAAUUUCAGCUGAUGUUGUUACUUAUACAUGUUUAUUUCAUGCAUUGUGUCAGUAUGGUUUGUGGAUGGAAGCGAGAGAAUAUUUUGAUCAAAUGGUGGGUAUAGGGAUAUCACCUGACAUAGUAGCAUUCACAGUAUUGAUAGAUUCUUACUGUAAAGCAGGGAUAGUGAGAGGUGAAUAUUGGGUCUUGGAGCUUAUGAGUAAGUUAGGCAUAGAGCCUUCUGUGGUAACUUAUAAUUCAAUGAUCAACGGGUACUGCAUGAAUUGCAGAUUGGAUGAAGCUAUUCAAGUCUUCCACGAAAUGCAACAAAAGGGUGUGGAACCCGACGAAUCUACUUACAGCACGCUAAUAGCUGGACUCAGCCGGAUUGGAAAAAUUAGAACUGCAGUAGAUUUUUUCAACAAUAUUAAAUCCUGCGGACAGCCGUUGAGCCUAACCACAUGUAAUGCAUUGUUGGAUGGGCUCUUCAAGAAUCAUGAAUUUGACAAAGCAAUCAAACUUUUGUAUUUUGUGGAGGAUAAUGGUUUAGAAGCUGAUCUUUAUACGUACAAUAUAGCCAUUGAUGGCUUGUUCAAAGCUGGGGAACUUGUAGGCGCAAGGAAAUUAUUUUGUGAACUCCGUAAUAAAAGAUUUAUGCCGGAUGUUAGAACAUAUGCCAUAAUGAUCGAUGGCCUAUGCAAGAAAGGGAUGCCAUUUGAGGCUGAGAGAAUCUUCAUUGAAAUGGAAAGGAAUGGUUGCUUGCCUGAUGCUAUCACAUAUUGCAUCAUCAUUCAAGGUUUCAUUGAUGAAGAAGAGAUUGAUAAAGCAAAGCAAUUUUAUCAUGAAAUGCUUGAAAGAGGAUUUGUUCCCAGCAAUAAUAUAAUUUCGUUGUUUAAGACCAAAUUUUCGGUGGAUCAACUAGAGAAUUUCAGUUGUUUCGUCAAACCAAUUCUUGCCUUGUCAGAAACUAGCAGCAGUAGUGCAAUUAGUAAUCUGGAGGAAGAAAGGUUUUUUGAGCAACAGGACAUAAAGGCAUAUGCGUAGAUGGUUUGUUCCGUAUACCAUGAUAGAAGUUACUAACAACCAUGUUGGUUUGUCUGGAGAUGGAGGUGGUAUGGAGACAUAAGGCAGAUAAAGUUGAUGCAACUGUUCAUUUUGAAAGCACUCUUUCUGAAACGGGUGAAGUUUUGUUCACUAGUGAUGAAGAUUAUUCUCAUUUGAGGUUGGAAAGGGAGCUGUGACCAAGGCGUAAGAUUUAACUUUGACACCUAUGAAGGUUGACAAAAUUGCAAAAGCCAUUUGUAAGCCGGAUUAUGCCUAUGGAAGUGUUAUUUCUCCACCAGCCCUAGAGUGUACUAUUUUGCUAUUUUAUCCUGUGCAAGAUCGACUUCAAGGUUGAGUUGGUGAGUUGCAGGCCAAAUAAGGGCUCUCGCCCGAUAGAAGGACGUGUCUGGAGAUGAACUGAAGAGGCAGAGGAUGAUGGGCGCUGCGAGUAAAGAAGAAGAUAAGAAAUCAAAUAAAGAGAGGAAGCUAAAACUGCUGCCACUAGGUCAAUCAGCUGGUGAAGAACCAUGGAUGAGUGAUCAUACAGUUCCUAGUAAUUGGGUUCCUUACGAAGAACUUGACGGGCGAAGAUAUUUGAGAAAUACUCCUUUGACUGUCACUCAAGCAAUGGGCAUG